AUUCAGCCAAAAGUUGGAGAGGAAAACCCUAGAUCCUUCCCGCACCCGUAAAAGAGCCUAGGGCGCCGCUCCAUCCCCAAACACGCGAGGGGAGAAUUUUCUUUUCAUCCUCCCCAUUCCCCCAACUCCUUCGAUGGCUUUUGUUUUGCCUCUGGUCUUCUUAUCAGGCUGCGCGAUCAAAAUCAAAUCCAAAUCCUGGUUGUUGUAGGUGGAUUUGCUUCGAAUAGCUGGAUUUCCUAGUUGGCUUCGCUGCCGGGGAGCGCAUCUGACAUCAGGAUAGGAGCUGCCGUCUGUAUGGUCCAGAAUCAGGAGGAGGCCACCGAAAACUAGAGAUUGCAAUGGUGAGUCCGCUGCGGCGGUUUGUGUACGUAUCUGGUCGCGGAGGGCCAGAACCCGUGCAAUUUGAACCUGCACCGAAUCGACAUGUCGCGCUUCUUCUCUCCGAGAUCGCAGCUGACUGCGGCUGCGGCGAUCGUGGAAGCUCGGCUGCCUCGCCCCUCCAUGACCUUCUACGACCCCUCGUCGGAUCACUGUAGCGGGUCCAUGCACUUCAUGCUCCUUGACCGCGACAAGGUGCUCGCCACGGACCAGACGGGCCGCGCCUCCGUCUACCACGCCGGCCUGCACGCCUUGCGCACCGCGCCCACCCUCACCAGACCCAAGCACCGGCCCGUGUCCGUCGCCGUCGGGGACAGCAGCCUCUACGUCCUCGACUCGACCAGCAGAACGCCCGGCGGCCCUAAGGAGGAGCACUGCUUCGAGGCUCUCGUCUACGAGCGCGGCCGCCUCUACAACGAUGUCUUCUGGGAACAUGACUGGUGCUGCCACUCUCUCCCGACGCCGCCCUACCGACCCUCCGCAAUCCACGCCUACACGGUGUUCGGCGGCUCGGACUUGUGGGUGUCCACGGAGGACGAGGGCACCUACUCGUUCGACACGGCGCGCGGUGCCUGGGCCAACCAGGGACACUGGAAAUUGCCGUUCCGGGGCCUUGCCCACUAUGUCCCCGAGUACAAACUCUGGUUUGGCCUCUCCCGCAGUAACAGUAAGGGCCGACACAAUCUUUUCUGUGCCUUCGACCUCGCCACCGCUGCCAAGCGGCAGUCGACCCCGGUCCCACGCAAUGCCUGGAAAGACCUCUGGCCGCCCAAGGAGUGGAUGCCAGAUACAUCCUUCCUCGUGCACCUGGGCUCCGCCAGGUUUUGCAUUGCCAGGUUCUUCGGGAACUAUCGUAGAGAUCACCCAUGCCAGAUGGACGCUGAUGCGGAGCAUGAGACGCUCGCUGUUUUCACCGCCGUAGAGGUGCAGCCGUGCGGCAAGACAGGCAAGGGACUUCAGAUGAUCAAGUACAAAUCCGAAUGUUACAACCUCGGUGGCGGCAUCGACCAGUGGGUGCUUUGA